ACAACCGAUAAGGAUUUAGUAACUAUGUGUGCACAAUAUGGAACAAUUAUAUCCACCAAGGCUAUUUUAGAUAAAACAACAAACAAAUGUAAAGGCUACGGCUUUGUCGAUUUCGAGUUGCCAGCAUACGCCGAGGGCGCCGUCAAGGGACUACAAGCAAAGGGCGUUCAAGCUCAGAUGGCCAAAGUGGGUAUCUGGGUGCUUCAUAGGCCGGCCAUUGUACGUUUGUUUGCAUGCAAGUAAUACUCACCCCCCACCCCCACUUCUAUAUAGUUGGUCUAUAUAUUUUAUCUACAUUUUUUUAUAUAUUUAAUUUUUUUUUUUUUGGUUUUUGUUGGUUUUGUUCUUGAUAAUUUUGUGUACAGUCUCAUUUCGAUGAUUUUCUUAAAUUUGUUGUGGUUGGUUUUUACCAAGAGAAAAACAGCAAUAAGUUUUGUCUUUUUUUGUUUUUUUUUUGGUGUUUUUUUUUUAUAAUUUCUCGUAAACAGGCUAGGCUUAACAUUGUUGCUGCUACUCAAAUGCAACGCUUAAAAAUUAACUACUUACAACCGCAAGUUUGCUAUCUUUGCUGGCACGCUUGAAUUAAGCUAUAAAAUUUAUCACAUUAAAAACUGCAUUGCUACACAGUAAGGAUAACGACCUCUAGAGGGUGUGUGUUUGUGUGCUUCGUCUCACCUACUGUUUUUAUGAGUUGCUCAGCAUAAUAAUGACUUGACAAUUAUCAGCGUGUACACUGCUCCAACCAGAUAUUUGUUAGGACCAAUACCCAACUAGUCCUUACUACUGACUACUUACUUUAAUUACAUACAUGCGUAUCUACAAUUUGUCAAAAAUGGAAAGUGACACUUAAGAUGGCACAACGCCAAAACCGGGUUUCCGGGUUUCCGUUUUACGGAAUUCACUCCCUUGGGACAGUCGGAUAUUUUUUCCAAAUGAAGACUUUAAGACAUCAAAGUUAUCUCGGUUGGUCCAAAGGACAUUUGCUACGGCUGAGGUGUACUCGUCUACUUUCCUCAGUAAAUAGAUAACAAAACGGUGGUUGUAGUGAGUUGACCGCCUCGCUAGUAUGCAUUUCCGAAUCGUGUCUAGUCAUUGCAUUGGCUAGUUCGUUCCCUUCGAAAUUGCCAUGAGCCCCGCAGAAUGAGACCGACGAUGACGUGAUUUGGUGAUGCUGGCGAAGCGCAAGAUUUGCGAACAAUUUUUUACUUUAGACGGUCAACGAAUAUACU